UCAUCGAUCUCCAUUUACGACUUGGCAACACUCAAAAAGCGACGCAAUCUACCAUUUCCCCAUGCCACUGCCAAAGCAUCUUUCAUGUCAUUCACCGCCGAUGGCAAAACAAUAGUGGUGCUGACCAAACCGCCAGAGGAAGCAUUAUACAUGCUAAUGUUGGACAAGACUGGCACCGUUAUCGAAUCACGUCCCACUGCGAGCACGGCACGCGGCAGUGUAGACUGUUUCGCCUGCAAUCCACAAGAUAACGCUUUGGUCGUCGUAGCUGGUGAUGGCAUCCUACUUUUUAUGGCCAAGUCUGAGAAAGGCAUAAAUGUUAGCAACAAUGUUAAAGUCGAUUUCUACACCACUUCGAUGGACUUUAUUGCCAAUGAUUUGCUGCUGAUUGGCACCAGUCAAAAUGAACUGAUUAUGGUUGAAAAUGGCGAUGUAAAGCUGAGACAGCGUGCGCAUGAUGCUGAACUUAUCGAUAUUUUGUGGGAUCAGGAUGCAUUGAAUAAGGAGUUGGAGCAUAAGACACCGACCGAACUGAAGCUCAAUGAUGAGCGCGUAGUAUGCAUGACAGCAUUUCAACGUGGCUUUGCUUUUGCUAUUUUCAAUAGGGUAUUCGUAUUUGAACGCGUCUCCAAAUUCAAGUUGGAGCGCAAGACAAUAUUGACUAUACCUUUUGGAUUUGCACCCGAAAACACUUAUCAGAUAACAAAUAUUGCGAUAUGUGCGCGUCAAGAGACAAUCAUUGCGACCACCAAGCAUGCGCAAAUCUAUGUUGGCAUACUGAUCGUGCCGGAAACUUUGAAGGCCAAAGAGUUGCAAUUUCAACCGCUGGGCGCUUGGAUACACCUUUCGGAGAUAACUAGCAUGUCGGUGUGCUCAUGGAAGCCCAUUAUAAUGACGGCAUCGCGCGAUCAAACUGUACGCAUUUGGAACUAUGAGACCGACAAGGUUGAAUUGGUACGCAAAUUCCAGGUGGAUGUGAAUAUCGUGGAGCUAAAUUCAACGGGAUUGAUGGCGGCCAUUGGGUUUUCAGAUCAGUUGCGCAUCACGCAGAUAUUUAUGGAUGAACUAAAUAUCGUUAAAACAUACAACUUUCCACGCUGCAAAGAUGUCAAGUACUCGAAUUAUGGCCACUUUAUGGCGGCUGCUUAUGACAACGUUAUAAGCAUUACAUCUGUAUAUAAUCUGGAAAUUUUGAAGCAAUUGAAGGGUCACAAUGGGACAGUACUGUCUAUUGCCUGGUCAGCCACGGACAAGUAUCUCAUAUCUGGGGGCGCAGAGGGUGCAAUCUAUCAGUGGGAUGUCGAAACUGGUUCACGAGUACAGGAGAUCGUACAAAAAGGCACCGAGUACCGUUCCGUUUGCUGCACCUUCUGCGAGCCCCUCUCCAUCUAUGCUGCAACAAACCUUGGUGUAUUACGUGAAUUUCAAAAUUCAGAAAUCGUGCGUGAAAUUGUCGUACCCUCCAAAGUGCGCACGCCACUGACAGAUAUGUGCUUGGCCCGUUCGGAUCUCAUUAUGUUUGUGGGCAAUGAAGAUGGUGAUCUAUUUAAUAUUCAGUUACCAUUCAUGGAUGCCGGUGGUGCAUCGUGCACGCUAUUUCGCUUCUUUACCAGCCAAAUUAACAAACUCUUCUUCUCGUACGAUGGCACAUUGCUGUUGACAGUUUCAAUGAAUGGCACUUUAGCCAUAUGGGCAAUGGAUAAUAUUGAGGGCAAGGUGGCAUCAAUGGAUGCGGAUUUGAUGCGUAGCCAAGAGGUGCUUAUACCGCGUAGCAUACUGCACGAUAAGAAUGAACAGAUAGCCAAUUUGGAAGUGCGUUUGCGGCAGCAAGCCGAAGAAUUUCAAUAUCAGCUGAACCAGAAUGAGAUAUUCGAUGGUCAACAACUGGCCGAGGUGCAUCGUAGCUACCGGCAGGCACUCGAGGAGCUUAAGAACAAGAAUAACGAGACUGAGCAAAGACACACCGAGGAGAUGAAUCAGGUCAAUUUACAAAUAAAUGAUUUACGUGAUGAACAUAAGAAGCAGCUGGACAACUUGGCCAAUCAGUAUUCGGAGCGCAUGUUGGUCGAAUACCAAAAGUUUAGCAAUUUGCGUGAAAGCAUGCUAACGCUGCGCGAGAGUUACGAGAAUCGAUUGAAAACCUCGGCUGGCAUACUGCAGGAUACCGUGGAGGGACUGGAAACGGACUACAAACGGCAGCUGGACGAACGCAAAGAAUUGAUACGCGAACUUAUGAAGGAGAUGCAAGACAAGAAGAUCGAGUUCUUUAAGUAUUGUCGCGAAGUGGAGGAGGACAAUGAUCGCAACAUGGUGGACAUGCAAUUGCAAUACGAGAAUAAAUUGAAUAACGAACAGAACUCAACACAAUUGUGGCGCGGCAAAUCUGGCGUUUUGGAAAAGAGAUAUCAAACGCUGAGCAAAGAAAUCGAGAAGCUACUCGAGGAGGUGGACACAUUGAAGGAAGAGCAUAAUAAAUCACAAAAGAAUAUUGGACGUUUAACACGCUCCAUCGAAGACUUGCUGAAAGACAUCUCAGACCGCGAUUAUGCCAUCAACGCCAAGGAGAAACGCAUACAGGAGCUAUUGCACAAGAAUCAGGAGUUGGACAAAUAUAAGCAAGUGCUGUCGCACAAAAUCGCCGAGCUGAAGGCGCAAAUAGAGCCGCGUGAAUUUCAAAUCAACGACAAGCGAAAGCAUAUACUCGAAAUGGAGAAUGAGCUGCAGGGUUUGAAUCAGAACAAUAUACAAUUGGAAUUGCAACUCAAGGAGCUGAAGGACAAAUACCUCAGCAAUGUGACCGAGUUGAAGGUGGAACGGCACCGCUCGCGCGCCGCACGGGAAUGCAUCACAAGCAUUUGCAGCGAAAUCUAUCAUGUCGCAGCGCACGUAGAUUCGCCACAGCGACUUGUGGUGAAGGUGAAAGAAUUAUUUCGACGUCAUGCCAGCGAUGAUGAGCUCAAACGUCACAUUUCUUUGGAUGCCGAAGUGCGCGAUGAAUUCCAGCGGCAACGCGCACAAAUUGAGAGCGUUUUGAAGAUUAACAGAAAUCGACGACCCACGGUGGAUGAAGUGAAGAGAUAUCAGAAACUUUUCAAAGAGAAUGUGGUACUGCUCGAUGAAGUGGAUCGAUUGCGUGAGGAGAAUGUGCACUUACGCAAUCGUUUGAAGAAGGAUUUGGCAAAGCAUAAACUAUCAGGCAAAUCUUAGUCAACAGACUAUUUUUGAAAUGCGAUCAUUUUAGAUUGAUAUACAAAACCAAUACGAGAGUUAAAAUAAUAGUUCCAU